UGGUGUCGUUUGGCUCCGCGACUUCCUACCGACCGAGACUGACACGCAUUCACCGGUCAGCUCGGCUUAAUAUUCCUGCCCACCUCCACCACCCAACCCCGCCGGUUCACGUCCGCAGCUGGUGGUGCUGGUUUAUGAUCGGUAACGUGUCUCAGAGGGUGUCGAGCUUGUUGUACCGGGUGUCGCUGAUGAUGAAGCCGCAGGUUGUGUUCGUGCUGGGCGGGCCUGGCGCCGGCAAAGGGACCCAGUGCUCCAAAAUCGUGGAGAACUACAGCUACACCCAUUUGUCAGCUGGUGAUUUGCUGAGAGCAGAGCGAGCCAGAGAGGGGUCAGAGUUCGGACAACUGAUUGCCAACUACAUCAAGGAGGGCAAAAUAGUCCCUGUGGAGAUCACCAUCAAUUUACUCAGGAAGGCAAUGGAGGAGACGAUGGAGAAAGAUGCAAAAAAGUUCCGUUUCCUCAUUGACGGCUUCCCCCGCAAUGAGGACAACUUGCAGGGGUGGAACACUGUCAUGGAUGGCAAAGCAGAUGUCAAAUUUGUGCUUUUCUUUGACUGCAGCAAUGAGGUCUGCAUCCACAGAUGUCUAGAAAGAGGGAAGAGCAGUGGGCGCACAGAUGACAACAGAGAAAGCCUGGAGAAAAGAAUCCAAACCUACCUGCAGUCUACACGACCAAUCAUUGAACUGUAUGAGAAACACGGCAAGGUGCGCACCAUAGACGCCUCUCGUUCUGUGGACGAGGUGUUUGCUGAUGUGAAAGCCGUCCUGGACAAAGAGGAUUGAAUUUUUCCAGCUGCCAACAACAUUCACUUAACUUUUUAGUUUUCUUUUUAUCAACUGCAAGUACACUAUAAAGUUUAUGUCCAUUCAUAUGACUUUUUACUUUGGUUACUUAUUUUUUUGUUUUCCAUGUCUUUUAUAAUUGCUGCACUGUUUGUGAGUGUGUGUACAAUAUGUAUUGGUGUGAAUGACAAGUAGACAUGCUUAGCAGCUACUUAUGAUCAUCUAGUUCAUGUUCAGGAGAGCUCACAGCUCAUCUGCACUGUCUGUCAUCAUAGUCUGAGGCCUUUGCAUAGGAACAAAAUUUAUCUUAGCUUAGAGAGACAUUUGUCUAUCAAAGACACCCAUAGUACUGGAGGUCUCUACAAAAAAUGAUAAAUGUCACUAAUGUCUUCAGAGUAUCAUGUCAUUGGAAGCAGCCAUAGUGCUUCAGACCAAAUAGUUGUUUGACCUGAUGGCAACAGACCAGGAUUGAAAGGAGCCAAUAACCUGUCUGGCAUCCAAAUAAAAAUGCUUAUAACAUCAAUCUCACGUCUGUCACAACACUGGCAUCAUCAGACUACUCAGUCUGAACUGCUUUUGUCCCACAUACAGUUAUUGGGUACUCUGUUUCUGUGAUAAAUGGCUCAUUCUUCAAUGAAUAUAUGACUCUGUAAUACCAGAACUCAGACUGAUGUGCUUCACCAUAGCUAUGACACCUGGGACUAGUCAUACUUUAGAGGAAACAUGAAGAGAAAAAUGAACUUUUUGUUAAAUCUGUACUGUAUCUUCUUGAAGGACUGAGGAUAAAGCUGAAAAGUAGAAACAUCGA